CUCUCUCUCUCUUUCUCUCUCUCUCUCUCUCUUUCUCUGUGUGUGAAGAUGAUGUUGAGGAAGCUGAGACACGCGCUGCCGUGGACGGCGGUCGACAAGCCCAAGUCCUCCAAGCACCACAAGGCUGAUCAGACCUCCUCCAAGCUCAAGCCCGCCCUCUUCCUCUCCUCCUUCUUCGCUCUCUGGUUCCUUCUCCUCUACUUCCGCUUCGAUCUGCUCCGCCCCGACACCGCGAGAAGGCCUCCUGCUGCGACCAACCUCACCCUCGGCGUCGCCGAUGACCCUCCCGACGGCUCCGCCUGCCGCUCCCGCGCCGCCGUCUACGUCCACUCCCUCCCCCCCAGGUUCAACUCCGACCUCCUCCUCCGCUGCCGCUCCCUCAACAUGUACACCGACAUGUGCCCCCACGUCUCCAACCGCGGCCUCGGCCGCCCCAUCCCCUCCGUCGCCGGCAUUGGCGGUGGUGGAGGAGGCAGCUGGUUCGCCACCAACCAGUUCAUCGCCGAGAUGAUCUUCCACGCGCGCCUCGAGAACCACCCGUGCCGCGUCCGCGACCCCGCCCUCGCCAACCUCUUCUACGUCCCCUUCUACGCUGGCCUCCACGUGUCCAGCAUGUUCCGCGAGCGCAGCCUCCCGGCCCGCGACGCCCUCGCCGUGGACCUCGCCGAGCACGUGCAGUCCCUCCCCACAUGGCAGCGGCGCGGCGGGCAUGACCACUUCCUCGUCCUCGGCCGGACUGCAUGGGACUUCCUCCGGCUCUCGAACCGGGGCCCCGACUUCGGGGCGAACUCGCUCCUGGACCUCCCGGCCGUCAGGAACAUGUCGGUCCUGACCGUCGAGAGGCAGCCCUGGACCGGGUCCAACCAGCAUGGUAUCCCGUACCCGUCCUACUUCCAUCCCGCCACAUCAGCAGAGAUGCUGGCGUGGCAUAAGCACGUCAGCGAGUCCGAUCGGCCGCACCUGUUCUCCUUCAUCGGCGGACCGCGGAGGGGCCCGGGCAUGGCGGCAAUAAGGGACGAGCUCAUCCGUCAGUGCAACGAGUCGGCCCGGUGCGAGCUCGUGGUUUGCAAGCCGGCGUCCCCCGCCGCAUGCCACGACCCGGGCCGGGUGCUCAGCAUCAUGGCGGCGUCGCGGUUCUGCCUGCAGGCACCGGGGGACUCGUUCACGCGGCGGUCCGUGUUCGACGCGGUGCUCGCGGGGUGUGUGCCCGUGUUCUUCUCGCCGCACACGGCGUACACGCAGUACAGGUGGUACCUCCCGGCGGAGCCGAGGGAGUACUCGGUGUUCGUCGACGCCGGAGAGGGAGAGGAGCCGCUGGAGGUGGAGAUAGAGAAGGUGCUCGCGGAGAUCCCGCCGGAGGAGGUGGAGAGGAUGCGGCGGAGGGUGGUCGAGCUGAUACCGAGAAUCACGUACGCGCAUCCGAACGCGACGGCGUUGGGGUUUCGGGACGCGGUCGACGUCGCGGUCGACGCCUUGCUCGAGCACAUGGGGUCCAAGUUAGAGAAGACCUAAAUUUAAUUUAUCAAUAAUUCUUUCCUUUUGUGAAAAGA